AAGUUCAUAUCGGCCACUUUCACCCGGUACAGAGAGGUUUCCAAAAUGGCAAAGAAAAGGGAGGCGGACAAAACGCCGCAAAAUGAAGAUCCCUCCAAAAAUGAGGACGAUACAACCAACUCCGACGACGAGCCAAACUUCAGUGACCCUGAGGGGUACGUCGAUGAUAUUGACGAUGAAGAACUACUUGGUGAAUUGAUCAAACAGAAACCAUCGGAGACGGAUGGCGUAGAGGCUGUUAUUGUUGUGGAUGGUGUGCCACAAGUUGGUCCUGAGCGUUUGGAAAAGUUGCAGUCAGUUAUAAACAAGAUUUAUCGGAAGUUUGGAGACAUCGUAAAUGAGUGGUACCCCAAGAACGAGGAUGGCUUGAUCAAAGGAUACAUAUUUCUGGAGUACAACAGCCCCGUAAAUGCGCUGGCAGCUGUUUCAUCGACCAACAAUUACAAGCUUGAUAAGCAACAUACUUUCAAAGUAAAUCUUUUCACUGAUUUUAAAAAGUUUGAAGAUAUACCGGACGAUUGGGAGCCACCUCAACCUCAGCCAUACACAUCCAGUGGAGAUCUUCACUAUUAUCUACUGGAUCCCGAUGCAUAUGAUCAGUUCUGUGUUCUCUCAGGCAAUGGAUCAAACGUUUCCGUACAAAUGUGGCAAAACUCGGCUCCAGACCCAACCCUACUAGAAGAACGCGCGAGAUGGACCGAGACUUACGUAAAGUGGUCUCCGUUGGGUACGUACUUGGCAACAUUCCAUAAGCCUGGCGUUGCAUUAUGGGGUGGACCACAGUUCGUGCAGAAAGCGAAAUUUGGUCAAAGAGGUGCAGAGUGCGUAGAUUUUUCACCAUGCGAACGUUACCUGGUAUCUUAUUCUCCCAGGGCGGAUAGUGUUGCCGAUCAGAAACGACUCGUUGUUUGGGACAUUCUCUCGGGACAAGAGAAACGUUCUUUUCAACCCGAUAACUCCUCUGUUUGGCCCAUUUUCCGUUGGUCACAUGACGAUAAAUAUCUGGCACGUAUGGGCGAGGACGUUCUUAGCAUUUACGAGACUCCCCAUUUUGGACUACUGGACAAAAAAAGCAUCAGGGUUCCUGGAAUAAGGGAUUUUAGUUGGUCUCCUACCGAUAACAUCCUGGCUUAUUGGGUACCCGAGGAUAAGGAUGUUCCGGCAAGAGUGAUUCUUUUGGAGAUUCCCAGCCGCGCAGAAAUUCGUAGCAAAAAUCUUUUCAAUGUUGCCGAUUGCAAGAUACACUGGCAAAAGUGCGGUGACUAUCUGUGCGUUAAAGUCGAUCGUUUUGCUAAGCGUAAAGAAAAGACCGAGCAGAAGUACACGGGAAUGUCUUACAACUUUGAGAUCUUCCACAUGCGCGAAAAAGAGAUUCCCAUAGACAGCGUGGAAAUGAAAGAACCCAUUCACGCUUUUGCCUGGGAACCUGUAGGUAGCAAGUUUGCGAUUAUACACGGUGAAAUUCCUAGUGUCAACGUGAGUUUCUACAGCGUACGCCCUGGAUUGCAUCCAGAUCUCCUUAAGAAACUGGAGAAAAAAGCUUGCAAUCACUUGUUCUGGUCACCAGCUGGACAGUUCAUUGUUCUUGCUGGUCUUACGACCAUGGCUGGAGCACUUGAGUUUAUCGACACCAAUGAUUUCACCAUUAUGAAUACCACAGAUCAUUAUCAAACGUCAGAUGUUGAGUGGGAUCCAACUGGACGAUAUGUGGUGACUGGAGUGUCGAGCUGGAAAACUAGCGUGGAUAACGGGUACUGGAUUUGGUCCUUCCAAGGCCGUAUUUUGAAAAGAGUCAAUUUGACAGCUUUCAAUCAGCUACUGUGGCGCCCGAGACCCGCAACGCUUCUAUCCGCCAAACAGAUCAAGGACAUACAAAAGAGCCUGAAGAAGUAUUCCGCACAGUUUGAAAGCAAGGACCGGAUGAGGCUUACUCGGGCUUCCAAGGAACUUAUCGAGAAACGCUGUACGCUGAUGAAAGAAUUCGAAGAAUAUCGCUCGAAACGCAUCGAGGAAUGGAUGAGUACAAAGAAACGCCGUCUUGAGCUGCGGUUCAAUAUUGAUACAGACGAACUCUCUUCUGACACAAAAAACGUUGAAGAGGAAGUUGUCGAGUUUUUCAUCAAAGAAGAAACAUUCAUAAUUGAUUAGAAGUAUCGUAAAAAUUUGAAAAACAUAUUCGCGUCUUACCGGACUUGGAAACCUCUACGUGAGACCGGUGGACUUCGGAUUGAUAUAUGGUAUACUGUGUCUACUAACCGUGAACGGAGGAUAAGACCAUAAUUGAAUCGGCGUUAUAAUUAUAUUCAAUAAAGUACGAUGGUGGUAUUUUACUCCUCUGACAGAAACAACA